GCCUCUGUUAUAUUCUUAUUUCGGGAGUCGGAGACCAAAAGGGCAGCCUAAUGUUUUAGGUGGUGGAGAUGGCCGCAGAGGUGAGCUCCUCGGCGCGGACGCUGGCGGGAUGCAAGGAGGAAGGGGAGGGCGAGAGGGAGCUCGUCACGCGUGACCUGCUCGGCGGGGAGGUGGGUCUCGAGCUUCAGGUCCCGACCGCCGGGGAGAGUCGCCUCGAUCUCUCGUCGGGGAAGACGUACCUCCAACAGCGCGAGCGCAGUCCUGCCACACGCAAUCUGCACGACCUCAACCUCUCCCCGCCGUCGCCCUCCAUGGCCUCCCUCGGCCUCAAGCUGGAGGCGGCGACCUCCGCCGUCCACGUCGAGUACCAGAGCGUCUGCACCCUGGAGAAGGUCAAGUCCGCGCUGGAACGGGAGUCGCGCCUCGUCGCCACCACCGAGCCCCUCUUCCCCCGGCCCGACGGCUUCUCCCCUUCCCCGCCGUUCACCUCCUCAUCUACCAAGCGGCAGGCCGAGGACACGGGCGGGCGGGUUAUGGCGGUGGCGGCAUGCCCGGUGUGCCUCCUCUACGUGCUCAUCUCCACGGUGGACCCGCGGUGCCCCAGGUGCACGGCGCACGUGCCGGUCAACGGCCCCAGAAAGAAGCCAUGCAUCGACCUCAAUUUCUCCCUUCAACCUGGGAAUCACGAUACACAUUAACACACGGCAAACCUGUACAUCACAUUGAUGAGCAACUGGCGAUGGAGUAAGAAGGCAAGGGCGAGCAAGAGAUUGAAGCUGAUUCAAUGCCCGAGCGGAUCAAUACAAGCAGAAAACAACAGAGAUAACAUAGCCAUUUCUUAAUCUUCUUUGUCUUCUCUCUCUUUCUUUUUCCACGAAUGGUUGGUGGUGCAUGCUGGUGCAGGCAAUAAUUAUUCUGGUGUUCUGUGGGCAUCAACUCUCUGUGACAUGCAGCGACCUGAGGUGCAGUGGAAGCAGUAACAGUAAAUGACACUGUAGCAGUGUCAGCAUAGUGUCAUACUUGGCAAGCUGGACACUUGCCAGGCCUGAAGGGUUCUUAUCCUGCCUACUAUUUGUUGGUCAGACACAUCAAUAACAUGCAUAGCAUGUUAUCUUCAUACAGACACUGUGUAAGUAAUCAUUAUUA